GUGCCACCCUGGGUGAAGGAUGCCACUCUGGGUGUUCUUCUUUGUGAUCCUCACCCUCAGCAGCAGCUCCCACUGCUCCCCACCUCCCCCUUUGACCCUCAGGAUGCGGCGGUAUGCAGACGCCAUCUUCACCAACAGCUACCGGAAGGUGCUGGGCCAGCUGUCCGCCCGCAAGCUGCUCCAGGACAUCAUGAGCAGGCAGCAGGGAGAGAGCAACCAAGAGCGAGGAGCAAGGGCACGGCUUGGCCGUCAGGUAGACGGCAUGUGGGCAGAACAAAAGCAAAUGGAAUUGGAGAGCAUCCUGGUGGCUCUGCUGCAGAAGCACAGCAGGAACUCCCAGGGAUGAAGAUUCCUCCUGUGACCCGGGCUACCUGUAGCCAAAACGCAACUGGAUCCAGUUAAUCCUCUUUCAUUUCUGACCCACUUUUUCCUUUGUAAAUACAAUAAAAUUCCCCCAUACCGGUGUGCAUUUAAA